AUGGCAAUCUGCUUUAUGUUGGUUUUAUCAUCUCAGGAUAAUCCAGAUGUUCUCAUAUGCCUUGAGGAGUUGUCGGUGGAUUAUAUGCAGAGGCUACCAAGUGGUAGCUCCAAUGUUGCAAGAGCAAGGCCUGCAUGUUGCAGUCUGUGGGACGGCCGGCUCUGGAAAAUCAAGUUUGCUCUCUUGAAUGGUAUGGUUCCAAAGCUAUUAGGAGAGGCCAAGACUUGCAGAACAAUGCCAUAUGUCAGCCAGACUGCAUGGAUACAAAGCGACAAAAUUCAGGACAACAUACUGCUCGGCAAGACGAUGGAGAGGGAGAAGUAUGGAAGGGUCCUUGAGUGGUGUUCGCUAAAGAAAGACUUGGAGAUCAGAAAUCAUUGGAGAGUGAGUCUGCACUCUUAG